CAAAACAGCUUGUUAAAGGAGUCGGGCUGAGGGAAGCGCGGUCUGCUCUACAGUUAUGUAAAAUAUACACAGCACACGCUGCUUAUCGAAAGGACGCUAACAGUAUACAAUGCAUCGUUUUGGUUUUAGAUGCGUUUCUUGGAGCUGUGAAGGAAUAAAUUGCCUUGCUGGAGUCCACUGGAAGUAUUGAAUUUCGCCUCGAGGAGACUCCAAAUCAGUUGAAUGAAUUGCAGUGUGUUCUAUAUAGCAACACGUCUUGAUACAAAUAAUACUGAGUAAAUAACUGAUACAGUCCACCUGCGUAUUGUGUGUGUGUUUUACCGUACUAUCUUUGGAUGGUGAAACAAACGGCGGCCAGAUUCAGACUGUAACCCGAAAGGAUAAUCAUAGCACCGGCAUGUUCGCGUUUGUUCCAAGAGCGCAUUUUUGGAGAGCUCUCUCCAGCCUGAGUCCGUGAUGUUUGCCAGCUCUGGCGGGGAGUUCGCUUUGGGAUACCUAGACGAUGGCUCGCCACCUGCCACCAGCUCCACGACUGAGGCGUCGUACUAUUUCUCGAGAAAUAGCACCAGUCCGACACCGGCCCGGCUCCUCAACGGUACCGCCAGAACGUGCGGGGAGGAGCCCCUGGAAUUUGGCACGGCGGAGAAGGUGAUUAUCGGGGUGCUGCUGACGGUUAUCACAGUGGUGACGGUAAUGGGGAACACUCUGGUUGUGAUAGCAAUCUGCGUGGUGAAGAAGCUCAGGCAGCCGUCCAACUACCUGCUCGUGUCCCUAGCCGUGGCGGAUCUGUCGGUGGCCGUCGCCGUCAUGCCCUUUAUGAUAGUUACCGAUCUCACAGGAGGACACUGGCUCUUCGGGGAGGUUUUCUGUAACAUCUUCAUCGCCAUGGAUGUAAUGUGUUGCACUGCUUCGAUCAUGACCCUGUGUGUCAUAAGCGUGGACAGGUACCUGGGCAUCACCCGACCCCUCACCUAUCCGGCCAGGCAGAACGGGCAACUGAUGGCGAAGAUGAUCGCGGGGGUGUGGCUGGUGUCGGCUUCCAUCUCCUUCCCUCCGUUCUGCGGCUGGGCUGAAAACAUCAACAAAGGCGGGGUGUGCCUGAUCAGCCAGGACUUCAGCUACACCAUCUACUCCACGGCCGUGGCUUUCUACAUCCCCAUGGCCGUCAUGCUCAUCAUGUACUACAAGAUCUUUCGCGCGGCCCGCAAGAGCGCUGCCAAGCACCGCUUCGCCGGCUUCCCUCGAAGGAACGACCUGGAGACGGUGACCCAAGAGGGUCUCAAGAUGCAAGGGUUGAAACCCCCAGGGGGGGGCGAGGAGUGCGGCGUCCUGGCCCGCUUCCUGGGCCGCGAACGGAAGAACAUCUCCAUCUUCAAGAGGGAGCAGAAGGCAGCCACCACCCUGGGGGUCAUAGUUGGGAUCUUCUCAAUCUGUUGGCUGCCCUUUUUCAUCCUCACCACCGCUAGGCCUUUCAUCUGCGGGGUGCUGUGCAGCUGUGUCCCGAUCUGGCUGGAACGCAUGCUGCUGUGGUUUGGUUAUACCAACUCUUUGAUGAACCCUUUUAUCUACGCCUUCUUCAACCGGGGCUUGAGAUCCACCUACAAGGACCUCCUGCUUUGCCGCUAUCGAAACAUCAACCGCAGACUGUCGGCGGUCGGGGUGCACGAGGCGUUGAAAGUUUGACGACUUUAAAUCGAGAGUUGGGGGAACAUCCUGGCCACCCUGUCAUUUUUUGAGAGGGUUGUAUUCAUUAGAUUUUUUAAAAUUUUAUUGCAAAGAAGUUUUCUGGGAAUAGUUCUGACUGGGAAAUCAAACGGAACAAACAGAGAAACUUCAGCCCGGAAUGGACAAAAUGUGGAUUUCGGUUGGUGAUUGAAUUUAGGGUUCAUCAGUGGCCCCUACUGGUCAGUAUCUCCCAUAUGGGCUAGACAGUGGGGGUAGGGGUGGUCUGAUGAUCUUCUGUCCUCCUGAUCGCUAUUGGGGAGCAGGGCAUUUCAAACUGGGGAGAGUGAAACUGAGCCGAAAACUACAGCUUUAAACCAGUACCUGCAGCUACACUGUAACAUAUUGCACUAUUCUAUUAGGAGACGAGCAAUUGUGUUUUCAUAAGAUUCUUCUACAGUGUGAUUUAUCAGAUUAAUGGUCAUGUCAGACAGUUGAUUUGAUGUUCACCUACGGGUAAGAAAUCUCAUCAGCGUAAGAUACCCAGGGCAAAUGUGAAAGAAAGCCAUCCGGCUUCUCUGUGCUCAGAAAAAGGAGACUCCUUCACGUGUGUCAUUAACAGGAGGCACGGUUUCCUUUUUACGCUUGAAAAAACACGACAUGCCAGUAUAGAGCCAAGAGCGGGGGGCAAGGCAACGUUCCGGAACUCUGCCCGCCCCCCUGAGAUCCAUUCCACUCCAACCAUCAGCAAAACCCAGCAAAAACCUUUUUGGGAAACUUUAAGGACCAUGGGUUUUUUUUCAGAUACUCAAUUAUCUCUAAGUGAAUUACAGCUGUGAAAUGAUUUAUCAGGAAUCAUAAUGACAAUCAGGAAACAUAAGAAGACCCUGUAUCUGUGUAAGCAUAGAGCACACAGUGCUGAACUGUUCUGUAUACAGGUAUACAGGUAUACAGGUGUACAGGUGCUUAAAUUGUUCCGGAAAGAUCCUUGAGCAUUCAGGAGACAGAUUUUAUCACAGAUAAAAUUUAAUUUAAUUCACUUGGACAGAGAAUUUGGGAAGCACCUGCCAAGUGAGCACCUGCUGUCAGCCCUCUGUGUCUGUCACAACUUAUGUCUGAAACCGACUUGCAAAAAGGAGAUGCAGCUUUUCUGUGCUACAGAUGUUUCAUAAGGCAUAACAAAUUCCUUAGAUACAGUAUGUGAAGGGCCAUCCCCAAAAGUGUACGCUACAAUUCGCAGUCGUUUACAGAUUAUAUUUGCCAAAUCCUGUUUCUAAUGUGCUAUGAUUAAGAUUGAUAAUGCUGCAUAUUAUUAUUGACCAGGUAAUAAUUACCAAAGUAAUUAAUAAGGUCAUUUUUUUUCAAUUGCGUUUGAAUUGGUAUAGACAUGAUUCAGUUCCCGGUCUGCUGUUUUGAGUGACGAUUUCUUUCUGUGGCCUCUGUGUGGGUCUGCAGUUUUGAAAGAGUUAUUACUGCUGUAAUAGCUUGGCCUCACAGCCCGCAGAAUUCAACAGAGAGGCAAAGUUCAGAGACAAACGUCUUUCCGAUCAACUACAGAGCAAGCCCUCUGCUCAAGAGGGAAUCAGGAGCCUUAUUUUCAAAGAGUUCUUGAAUGUUUUGUUAUCCAAAUUGAGAUGCCAAACACAUUGAGGGCGCUUAAAAGGACUUUUUUUUUUUUUUUUUUAGUUUUAGUUUUGACCUAUUUCAGAAACUAGGAGUUAAUUAAAGACUGGAGUGAAUGCUUUUCAAAUAUGACCCCACUUACUGUAGAUUAUACUGAUGUCAGUAUUAUGAACCCAUCAGAUGCUAGGAGGAGAUCCAUUGCACGAUAAAGCAUGGGUUUAGAGGCAAUACAAUAAAAGUAUUUAAAAAUGUAAAUUGUAUAAUAAUUGUAAUUACAGGUAGCUGUUGUCCUGAGUACAUAAGGUAUUAAGCAUCAUGUAUAUAGUAAAUCUGAGGGAGGAGAAUGGUAAGCCACAUGCACUUAGGCUCAAAGAGUCUUGAAUUCAGCUACAGUUCAAGGAUGGGAAACAUGAAAGGUAUAUUGUAUAAUACCAUCAAUAUAUCCAGAGUACUUCGAUUCCUUUUUGUACUUUGUAUAAUUCUGCUCAGAUCAUUAUUUACCGGGCUUACUAGCUAAUGUCCUUUUUCAACAUUUCGCAUUUUGGAUGCCUCGUAUUUGAGCCUGUGACCAACACAAUUAGACCGCCAUUUAAAAUAAAAAAAAAACAAACACAGUCUUGCUGUUUCAAACAAACAACCCAAUGUACAACAAUAACUUUGCUUUAUGUUGUCCCGUUGAAGCCCCUGUAACUUUUUAAGAUGUUUGCAAUUGUUCUGAUUGCAUUUCUGUAUUGCAUUUUCUCAGCUGUGCUUUUUUUGUUGUUGUGUUGUGAUUGAAGUGCUUUGACCUGAAUCCAUAAGCUACUGUACAUGAGCUGAGCGUUCCUGUGUUCAUCAGUGAGCAGUGCUUUUAGAACGAGGGUCGAGUCAGCUUCUCAGCUUUAUUUUCCCUUCCAUCAUUGAGUAGUAACAGAACAGCUGGCCUCUACAGAAACAAUGGUAUUGCAGUGUCCGGUUGCUGUAUAAGGGUUGUUGAUUAGCUUUCGCGGCUUUGUUUUGUGAAAGAGUAUGAGAUAACGAGAGAGCAUUAAAUGUUAUGCACAAAAUCUACUUCUUAAACAAAGCUCAAAACCCAGCAGAAAUGCCAAGCUCUGUUAAGCUCAGCGUCAGCUGUGCAGCUUUACAGUCUGUGCAGUGACAGUACAGUGACCAAGUUUGUCAGCAUGCUUUGUUUAUUUUGAGUGAUUAGCUGUAAGGCCAAACGCUUUUCCAUAUUUCAGCUUAGGGCUCGGCUCUGAUUCAUCUUGACAAAAAUAGAUGCAGAGGGAAAACAAUGAUUGCGCGGUAGUGGGAACAGAACUACUGGGCUUACAGAAAGAUAUAAUAUAUGGUUGACCCAGAAACUGAUGUGAUACAGCCAUCAGGAAUGUCUUUCUAUCAGAUAGAAAUGAUGUCACAUUAAAAUCUUUCAACCAUUUAAAUUAAAAACUUCUGAUGUAACUUCUACUAACCGUGACAAUUAGUUAUGUUUUAAAUUUGAAUACUGUAUAUAUAUAUAUAUAAUCAUUUAACUCAAAUUGAUCUUACUAACAAAGCAGAUGCAGAUGGGAUAGAACCAAAACUUCUUAAGUUUGCUGCUUAUGCUCUGAAAAGUCCACUUGCUGUGUUAAUGAAUAUGUCCCUGAUGUUUGGUGAAGAAGCUAUAAUAUCUCCCAUUUUAAAAAGUAGGGAUGUUCCUGUCCCUUGGCAAUUACAGACCAGUACCUGUCUUACCAGAUCUAUCAAAGAACUGACCAAAUUCAACUGACCGAUUGUUUAACAGCAAAUAAUUUAUUAACUAAUUAUCAAUCUGGUUUUGGAAACGCUCAUUUGACAGCGACAGCAUUGCUGAAAUUACUCACCCUGGGCUGCAGAGCAGAAGAAAAUAACUGGUGUCUUCUUUGAUUUUGAUUUAGUACACCAUAAAAUUCCGAUUCUUUUUAAAGGGGCGCUCAACAAACUGCCUGUUUAUUUGAGUAAUCAAUUCCAGGAGUUUACCUCUGAUUACAGCUCACGAAAGGUUUGUGGAACCAAAUAUUUUCAAAUAUCGCUGGUAAAAAGUGCUACUGGAAGGAAACCUUUUGCAGUUUCAGAUUGGAAUGCAUUGCCGAUGGGACUUGGAUCAGAGACUUCCCAUCGUCAGUUUAAAAAUGUGUUGUUUCAUUAUCUGAAGAAGCCCAGUCUGUGUAUAUGGUAUAUGAUGUUUAUAGUUUUAAAUGUAUAUUCUGUCUGUUUUAUUUAAUGUAAUCUGCUGCUGAAACCAUUGUA